AUGUAUACCGCUGCAUUCAUCACCAUUGCGAGCCUGGCGCUUGGCGCAACCGCCGCGCCAGUCGCAGCAUCCCCUCUCGACAUCGGCAAUGGUCACAUGCAGCUACAGAUCAACAUCGACCUGACCGGUAAAGACGCUGUCGCAGCCAACGCUAUCGAUGCUCAGCAACUGUUCGCUUUCUCCUCAACGCACUUCGUUCAUGCCGUCCCGGAGGAGGUCGUCAACGGCACCGAACCAACCGGUGGUCUCGCCGGCGCAUCCGGCACCUUCAAUUUCGGCAUCAACAGCGCUUCCAACAUGAUCUGCUACAACAUCACGCUACACAACUUCCAAGGCGAAUUCGACUCCCCCGCGACUACGGCGACCCACAUCCACGAGGCCGCGCGCGGUGCUAGUGGACCACCCAGAAUCUCAUUCCCGAACCCGGAGCUGGUAGAAGGAAGCGAGACAGUUAGGAACAGCGCAGGCUGUAUCAAGGGCCCAUUUACGACUGGUGUUAUGGUUGAAGGAAAGGAUUCAGGCGAGGGCUUCCAUGUUAGCAUGAUUGAAGCCAACCCGGCGGCUUUCAUGGCGGAUACUCAUUCGAGCUUGGCGCUACCUGGUGCGGUGAGGGGACAGAUGGCAUGA